AAACCAUUGGCAUGUAUGAGGGUGUUAGAGAAGCCAAGCUUCUGUUUUCUCAUCUAGUACAAAGGAAUCCUUCCUACCCUCCCCAGGAAGAUGUUGAUACCUGAAACACCAAGGGCAGUUCUGUGCCAAGCCACAAGAAGAAUGAAAGCCCAGGACUUCCCCUGGGGCACCAGCUUCCAUUUGAAUUUGAGGCAGUAAAAUCUUCCCAACAGUUAUAGUUUGAGAACUUCCUGCUGGUUCACAUUUCAAACAGAGCUCACACUUAAUCCCCAACCUGGCACCAGAGCUCACAUUGAACAGGUGGACUGCAGGAGACCCAGGGACAAGGCACUUUCCGGAGAGCUGGACCAGCUUCCAGUGAGAACAGACGGCCAUAAUGGAAACCAAAUCUCCAAAGAGUCCAGGCAAGCAACUUACAUUUUAUUAUGAAAAUGAAGUCUAUAAACAAGAUUACUUUAUUAAGUCACCACCUCCUCAGCUUUUCUCCUCCGCAACCUCUUGGAAAAAGCGUUUUUGUGUCCUGUCAAAGAAUGGGGAAAAGGGUCUUACUCUUUCCUAUUACAAAGACCAUCACCAACGAGGUUCCCUCGAAAUUGAUCGAAAUGCCAGCGUCAACGUGGGUAUAAAUAGCCAGGAAAAGCUUCAAUCUGUGCAGAAGAUGUUUAAAUGCCACCCGGAUGAGGUGAUGUCCAUCAGAACCACUAACAGAGAUUACUUCCUCAUCAGCCACGACAGGGAGAAGAUUAGAGACUGGGUCUCUUUCAUAUCAUCGUUUUGCCAUGGUGUACAAGCAGCUCACCAGAACACCCAGCAGGAGGGACCCUCACUGGGUGAUACAAGGCCGGCUUCCUACCCCAGCCCUGUCUUUGGUCCUUCCAGUGUGAUGGAGGCUGUGAGCCCCACCUCGCCACGAAACAGCCUUCCAGACAUGUAUUUAAUGGAAAAAAGUUCUCCAGGAUUCAAGCAGGCUCAUCUUCCGCGUGAUUUCUUGUCAAAGACCACUCAAGACACACAAGAAGAAAGUUAUUAUCUUAGUCCUCGAAGUGUUCUUUUAGAGUUGAAUAAUGUUAUUGAUUCCAAUGAUUCUGGUGAAUCCAUUGGACCUGGUAGUGAAGACCAGGUCCCCAAGACAACUGAAUGCCAUUACAUGUCAAUGAAAUCCUGUUUUUUCAAGGCUACACUCAAUGCAUCUGCUGGCUGCCCAGAGGAGGCCCAGACCUUUCCAGAGCCCCAGGAUGGAGGCCCCCAACUGCAGGAACCAGAUUCAGGAAGUGAUCUGUGUCUUUCACCUGCCAAUCCAGAAACACAGGCCACGGAUGAUAAGAAGGGAUCGGCCUCACUGACUGUUGUGAAAUUGUCUAUAUUACUCAACAACAUCCCUGAUGAGAGCCACUUGGAGACGCUCGACAUGUUCCUUUCUCCGCCAGAUGUCAUAAACUAUCUUGCUCUUGUCGAAGCGGCCGGACGGAUAUGUGUGGCCAGGUGGGAAGGCCCCCCACAUUUGGGAUGCUUAUUUUGCCAUGGAGAUCAUGUCUUGGCCGUGAAUGACCUGAAACCCCAAAGCCUGGAGGAGGUCUCCUUGUUUCUUACCCGAUCCAUACAGAAAGAGAAAAUAAAGCUGUCCAUCGGGCGGAUCCCAAAUUCAGAGAAAUUCCAUGCUGAGGCCUGUACAUGCCUCUUAAAACACCAACGAGUGGCACUGAUCCAACAGGAGAAGUCUGGACUGCAGAGGGCACCAAAGAGGAGCCCAGCCAUUAAAAAGGGCCAGCAGAAAGGGACUGGGGAGUAGCUGGCCACCACCUCACUGCAGCAGAGGAUAGAGCCCUGGACUGUGCCAGGCGUGGCCACUCAGGCCAGUGAUAUGAGACACGCCAGCACACCUCUCUCAACUGCUGCACCUGCACCUUACCUGGGGGAUAACUGUCCCUGCUCUGACUAUGGCAUCAGGGGUGUUGAGAGGGUCAAGUGGGAUAAUGACUAGGGAACACAGUGAAAAUGGAAGGCCUUGUUAUCUGAGACUCUGUCCCAAAUACUGCAAACACAGACUGGGUAAGUCCCUCAUCUUAUUAGUACACACCGUGUUCUGUGAGGUCAUUGUCACACAAUUGCCUCUUUGUUCAGGAACAUCCAUUUGGAACUACUCAUUCCAGGAAGGCAAGAUUCCCCGGAGACAUGCGAGACCCUUGCAGCCUUCCCAAACACCUCCUGUGACUCAUCAGCCCCAGAGUCCAGAAUGUGGACCGGGUGGCCACUUGGAUUCAAUGCAUCUCUUGUUUGCUUAAAGACGCAGCCACGAUUUUAGAAGUCAAAGCAGUUUUAGGUUCUGUCCAAGAGUGCCCUACUUGCUAUGCAAGUAAAAGGAGAACGACUUAGCGCUUCUAAUUUGAAAGCUCUUAGCUAAUUGGUGCAGUAACAAAUUGAUCCUGGGAGGCCAAAAGAAUCAAAUGCUUUUUCAUAAACAGAAAAGCCGAGGGAGAGCGCUGAAGCACUAAUCAAAUCGGGGAACAUUAGAGCAAAAGGGGCUUCAGAAAGUGAAUCUUACCAGGCUGUCAUUGCACGUGGAAGAAAUGAAGGCCCCAUUCCGUGGGUGGUGUGCCUUCUCCACAGUUCUGAGGCUCACAGCUGCUUAGUGGCAGAACCAGCAAUCUACAGCCAGCUCUGGAAAACAAAUAUCCUAACUUAACCUUUGAUUUGGAUAAGAUUAGAAAAGACCUUCAGGGCUUAGAAGACACAUUCAAAUAUGUUUCACUUUCUGAUGUCCUGCUUGUCCAGAAAGUAAAAAUGUUCUCAUUUACAUGGCCUAUUUGACAACUGCUUCUACUCCUAAAAAGGUAUCCUAUGAAAUGCACACACAAAGAUAUCAGUAAAAACCAGAAAGUUUAUUGUCACAUUGUAAUAUUGCUUGUGGUAAUAAAAAAUCAUUUGGAGAUUGCUUAGUUAUGAUUUCAUAUAACCGAACAUAGAAGAUGUUUAAAAGCUCAGCAUAGACAAUUAUGAAAAAUAUGCACAAACUAUUAAGAAUCAAAGAAGCAAGUUGUAGCCAGGUGUGGUGGUGCACACUGGUAAUCACAGUGAUUCAGGAGGCUGAGGAAGGAGGGUGGCAAGUUCAAGGCCAGCCUCAGCAACUUAAUGAGGCCCUAAGCAACAUAGCAAGGCCCUGUCUCGAAAUGAAAAAUUAAAAAGGCUGGGGAUGUAGCUCAGUGGUAGAGCACUUGCCUAGCAUGUGUGAGGCCCCCAAGUGCAAUCCUCAAACUGAGGGUGGCGUUGGGGGAUAAGGCAAGUUGCAGUUUGAUAGAUAAAACAUCCCAAUUUAGUAGUAAUGUUGUGUUUGUAUAGCUAUGGAUCUAAAAACUCCCCAGCCCUCGUUAGGAGAGGGCCACCUCCCUCCCUCCUUGAGAGGUUGUGGGGUUGACAUUAGGCAGGUGGCCUCCUUGUGAACACCCUCUCAGGUGCUGUGCUGCUGUCUCUCAGCCCUGCUUUUUGUUUUUGUUUUUUACAUUCAGUAUAAUGCCCGUUAGAUUGUCAGUAAGAAUUACUUCUGAGAAGCAUGAUCAGGUAGACCCUGGGGCAAGAGAUGUAUCUAUGUUUGAAUUUGUUUGUUUUCUCUUUUCCAUAGCAUAUAUUGCUUUUGUAAUAAAAAAAAAUUAGUAUGAGAAAUAAA